AUGGACGCAAAAGCUCCUCCCGCUCUGAACUUCCCGCCAGAUGAAGACCUUCCCAGCUACCCACCACCCAGCUACAACGCAGCCCACGUCCCGGCCGAGGAGAAGGCUUUCGACGCUGCCAGUAUCGGCUCCGCCGCCUCGCAUACCUCGGGCUUCAACCCGACGAUCCACCUCGCCAUCGAGACGCUAGGCUUCAACCUGAACAGCGUCACGUGCCGCAACUGGAACGGCGACCAGGCCAUACCCGUGUUUCGCACGCACGCAGGGGCGACACCCGACCUGCCCUUCAAGCACGCGGAGCAGCCCGAGUACGUCUCGAUCCGGCCCAAGAAGAACUCCAACUCGUGUGCCCUAGUCCGCGGCGAUGACCCGGCGCAGACGCCCCUCAUCUCCACCGUCUACCGCUGGGGGCCUGGCCGCGACCCGCACAUGCGCAUCUACGAACCUACGGAGCGCAUUUCCGUCGCCGAUGCGGUCGACAAGGACAAGCAUAUCGCCAACGAGUUUGAGGUCAAGACGCACUGGAUCACCUCGCGCGCCGCCACCAUGGUCACGCCUUUCGGCACCUUCGAGUGGCGCUACGGCAAGAAGCCGGAGAAGAAGGAGUACGCCGCCGACUCGCUCCUGGUCUGCGACCGGCUUGACUCGCCUAAUGCCCCCAUUGCUGGCACUUCUUCGUCGCCCAAGAAGGACUCACGCAUCCGGGUCGCUCAGCUGGUCAGGAAUGAAGAGUACCGCGCGUACGGCUCGAAGAAGAGGUGGGUUGGCGGCAAUGGCGGGCGGUUGAUGCUGGAUCUUGGGGACUGGGCAUGUUUAGAGAAGAGUGGCGCCGUCGAGAAAGUUGAAGCGCUGCUUGUUGCGGGUUGCCUGCUCAUGUUGAAGCGGGAGACAGAUCGCGAGAAGGACAACCAGCUGGCUGUUCUAACUUAA